AUGUUAAUCAUUCAAAUGAAAACUCGGAAGUUCUUUGUAAUGUGGCACAUAUUAAGUAUAAAUCUAAUCGAUGAAAAUAGUUUCAAACAAUUACGUAAAGAUCUACGUUUAUUUGUUGACAACGGAUUAUUUCGAUGUCGUGGUAGAAUUGAAAAUGCUGAUUUAGAAUACGACACUAAAUUUCUUAUAUUUCUUGUUAAGCACAAUGGUUUGAAAGAGACAAUUAAUGCUUUAAGAUCCCAGUAUUUGAUACGAGAAUGUACAAGUUGUCGACGUAUAGAGGGUAAACCUUAUUCUUAUCCACCUACUCCUCCUUUACCAGAAAGUUGUUUAAACUCUGAUUUUGCUUUCAAGUACAUUGCUUUGAAUUAUGCUGGUCCACUGUAUAUCACAGAUGUUUAUGAUGAUAGUACAUUAAAUAAAGCAUGGAUUUCUUUGUUUACGUGUUGCAGUAGUCGUUAUAUUUUAUUAGAUUUAGUAGCUGACUGUUCAUCUAGAUUAUGUAUAAUGGGUAUUCGUCAAUUUAUUGGAAAGCGGGGUGUUCCAGAAAUUAUUUAUUCUGACAAUGGUUAUCAAUUCGUUUUAGUUGAAACUCAAUCAUUUGCUGCAAACCAUUCUAUUAAAUGGAAAUUUAAUGCGCCUUUGGCCCCUUGGAGGGGAAGGUUGUUUGAGCGACUGGUACUAAUGACGAAACGAUGUUUAAAAAAAGCCUUAAAGACCUCGAAAUUUUCUUAUGAAGAAAUACGAACAUUACUUUCUGAAAUUGAAAUGGUACUAAACAACAACCAUUAA